AUGGACUGUCUGGACAAUAUAAUUAAAAAACGUUUAAAUAAUGAUCAAUUAAGGAAAUUUAAUAAGAUAUAUUAUGGAAGAGAAGAUCACUGUGAACUGAAACUAAAAGAAUCUACGAAAAGGGAUAGUUGGAAAAAUAAUUUCGAAGUAUCGGCAUACUCAUUCUCCGCUGCUAAUGAAGAGGUUAGAAAACCUAAUGUUUUAAGGUUAGGCUUAAUUCAGCACUCAAUUGUUUUGCCAACUGAUAAGCCCAUAAAUCAACAAAGACGAGCUAUAUAUGAUAAAAUUGAGAAAGUUAUUGAUGUUGCCGCAUCAGAAGAUGUGCGCAUUCUUUGUUUACAAGAAUGUUGGACGAUGCCAUUUUUUCUAUGUACCAAAGAUAAAGAAAACUGGAAAGAGUUCGCCGAACCUGCUAGUGACGGGCCGAGUACGAUGUUUCUUAGUAAAUUAGCAAAGAAAUACAAAAUGGUGAUUAUAUCUCCCAUUUUAGAAAUAGAUGACCAAGGCUUGUGGUGGAAUACCGCUGUUGUAAUUAAUGAAAACGGUUGUUACAUGGGAAAGCAUCGUAAAAAUCACUUGCCCUCUGUAGGUAGUUUUAAUGAGACACCGUAUUAUUCACCUGGUGGGCUAGGACAUUCGGUUUUUGCUACAAAAUAUGCAAAAAUUGCUGUUAACAUAUGUUAUGGACGCCAUCAUGCGUUAAAUUGGCUUAUGUUUGCCCUAAAUGGGGCUGAGAUCGUUUUUAACCCUGCUGCUACGAUAGGAGAGUUUGGUGAAGCGUUUUGGGGCGUUGAAGCUCGUAAUGCAGCGAUUGCUAAUCACUACUUUACUUGUAGUAUAAACAGAGUAGGAUCAGAGGAGUUUAUUACAGGUAACGAAAAGAAAAUUAGAACCUAUUAUGGUUCUAGUUAUGUCACGGCUCCUAAUGGAUGCAGGACACCAGGACUUUCCAAGGAUAAAGAUGGUCUCCUUAUUACUGAAAUAGAUUUAAACUUAUGUCGACAAAUGAAGGAUUUAUGGGGAUUCAAUAUGACUUCUCGUUUAGAUGUAUACGCAAGAGCACUUUCUACACACAAUAAUAAAGUAAAU